AAGCUCCCUGAGAAGCUGGUGUUAAUCAGUCCAGGCUCCUGGGGGUGCUAGAGAGGUACAUAAGAGGCGGCUCCUCUCUUUCCCUGCAGCUCCUGCUGCUUUCUUUUAUUCCUUCUCACCUCUUCUCCUACCUUCCUAUCCUCAACCUCAAAGGCACUUGAAUCCUAGAAUUAAGUUUGCUUUUGUGGAGUUGGUUGGUUGUUUUAAACAGAGUUGGCAGUUUUUUAAAGAGACAUUAUUAAGGGCACACAAGCAAACUAUCCCACUGCAUAGGAAAGACAGGAAGUAUGGUAAGACACCAUGCUAGCUUAACCAGAUCAAUGACCUGUAACUCAAAAGAGAGUCAUACAAGAAGUAGAAACUAGAUCAAAUUACAAAGGAUGAAUAUAAAACACCACCACAAGCAUGUAGGGACAAAACUGGAAAGGCCACGGCACAAAACAAGGUUAAACUAGGUAGAGAUAUAAAGUGUAACAAGAAAGCAUUUUACAAAUACAUGAGAAGCAAGAGGGAAACCAGGGUUAAGGUAGGCCCAUUACUCAGUGAGGAGGGAAAGACAAUUACAGAAAUUCAUUCUGUAGAGUGCCAUUCACUCACAGCACCAAUUUGAGGCCACUGAAUGGUGCUAUCCCUUGUCUGUAAGCAAUUUGAGGCAGGGAACAUCUUCUCAAAACAUGUUCAUACAGCGCCUAGCACAAUGAGGUCCCAAUUCUUGAUUGAGGCUUCUAGUUGCUGCCACAACACAAAAAAAUUAAUAAUGUGUUGGCAUAUGGGUGCAUGGUGCUUUAUUAUAGCAGAGCACCAGCACCACUGUAGUUAAGAUUGAACAUCACUUUCAGGUCUAAGGCUGACUCAUCAAAGUGUGUUAAAAUCUGCAUGCUUACUCAGAUUAUCUUGAGAUUUUCAGUGACACACAAGGGUGCUGGGUAACGUUAGUUUGGAGCAGUUUUUUUUUAAGACCAAAUUUGGUCUUUAUUGCUUAAGUAUUUUUAGCUACAGGUGUGCAAAGAGACUUUUUCUGGUGUACACUUGUUACUCAACUGUUUGUUUGGUUUUUUAACAUAUGCAUUAUUUUUAUGAAUCUGUUAUUGUAGCUGUAGGUGCUUCUGAUCUGUGUUAUUUCCUGAGUGAAUCAAAAACUACUAAAAGAGCAUUUAGGGAUCUGACUGAAACUCAGAUAAUCGGAUAUUUAAACUAUCAUUCUGUUUUCCCUAUCUAGUUCUGACUAUGCACACCUCCUUCCCACUCUAUUAUUAAUGGGUUGUUUUGGUUUAACUUUUUUGCAAUAAGGGAACUUCAUGUACCUCAGAAUGAAGUUCUAAUGCUAGACAGCAAUAUUAGUGAAUUCAAUAAGAACCUGAUGCUAUAUGUCCUCGGGUCCCAUUGAAGUCUGACACAAGUCAGUGUUCAUGUUCUUAAAGUCAGUCUUAAAGGAAUGCCAACUUUAAUUCUAUUCAUUUAUAUAUAUUCCACCCCCACACACUGUUCUUGCUCCAACAAUUUUUCUAGUUUUACAGGUGCUUGCUCUUCCAGUCGCUGUGUGAAAGAUCACACAAAUGGGAAAAACUGUCUGACUAGACAUUUAGUGCUGUCAAAAUAUACCAGGUAACCAAACUGAGUAAACAGAAAAUUCUCAGAACAGUGAUCUUACAUGUUACUUAGACAAUGACAGGUAAAAAAUCAUUUCUUUGUGGAAACUUUUAAACUGACAACUGUCCCUUUAACUUGCAUAUUUUUGAGAUGAUGCUUGGGUGAUCUAUUUGUCUCCAAUAUAAAGGUGCAUUAUUGUCUUGUUAAACAGGGUAAACCAAGAUUGAUAUGUAAGCCUUAACUUUGAUCAUCCCUUCACCUUUGUUUGGCGUAUCUAAACUACUAAUUGUUCUUAUGUUUUUUACCUUACCAUUAUGUGAUGAGCCUGCUAGCCGGAGAGCAGAGAAAGCAAUGGAUUUCUGAAAACCUCUUUUAAGAUAAUAUUCUUGUGUGUAUUUCUCACAAAGUUGAUCUUUACUUUUUUAUUAGAAAACUCUCUGUGAUGUCAUUCUCAUGGUACAGGAAAGAAAGAUCCCAGCUCAUCGUGUUGUGCUUGCUUCAGCCAGUCACUUUUUUAACUUGAUGUUUACUACAAAUAUGCUUGAAUCAAAGUCCUUUGAAGUGGAGCUAAAAGAUGCAGAGCCUGACAUUAUUGAACAGCUUGUGGAGUUUGCUUAUACUGCAAGAAUUUCCGUUAAUAGCAAUAACGUCCAGUCUUUACUAGAUGCAGCAAACCAAUAUCAAAUAGAACCUGUGAAAAAAAUGUGUGUGGAUUUUUUGAAAGAGCAAGUGGAUGCUUCAAACUGUCUUGGUAUAAGUGUAUUAGCAGAAUGCCUAGACUGUCCAGAACUGAAGGCCACUGCAGAUGACUUUAUCCAUCAACAUUUCACUGAAGUUUACAAGACAGAUGAGUUUCUACAGCUUGAUGUUAAACGUGUGACACAUCUCCUGAACCAGGACACACUAACUGUAAGGGCAGAAGAUCAGGUUUAUGAUGCAGCAGUCAGGUGGCUGAAGUAUGAUGAACCUAACCGCCAGCCAUACAUGGUCGACAUCCUUGCUAAAGUCAGAUUUCCUCUUAUAUCGAAGAACUUCUUAAGUAAAACCGUACAAGCUGAGCCACUUAUUCAGGAUAACCCUGAAUGCCUUAAAAUGGUGAUCAGUGGAAUGCGAUAUCAUCUGCUGUCUCCGGAGGACAGAGAAGAACUAGUGGAGGGCACGCGGCCACGAAGGAAAAAACACGAUUACCGCAUUGCCUUAUUUGGAGGAUCACAGCCACAGUCUUGCAGAUACUUUAAUCCAAAGGAUUACAGCUGGACAGACAUCCGAUGUCCCUUUGAAAAGCGCAGAGAUGCAGCUUGUGUCUUCUGGGACAAUGUAGUUUAUAUUUUGGGUGGCUCCCAACUCUUCCCUAUAAAGCGAAUGGACUGCUACAAUGUGGUGAAGGAUAGCUGGUAUUCCAAACUGGGACCUCCAACGCCUCGAGAUAGCCUUGCAGCCUGUGCUGCGGAGGGCAAAAUUUAUACAUCUGGUGGUUCAGAAGUGGGAAAUUCUGCUCUGUAUUUAUUUGAAUGCUAUGAUACAAGAACAGAAAGCUGGCACACAAAGCCCAGCAUGCUGACUCAGCGUUGCAGUCAUGGGAUGGUGGAGGCAAAUGGCCUGAUUUACGUAUGUGGAGGAAGCUUGGGAAACAAUGUUUCUGGAAGGGUCCUGAAUUCCUGUGAAGUUUAUGAUCCAGCAACAGAAACGUGGACUGAGCUGUGUCCAAUGAUAGAAGCCAGGAAGAAUCAUGGGCUGGUGUUUGUAAAAGACAAAAUAUUUGCUGUGGGUGGACAAAAUGGCUUAGGUGGCCUAGACAACGUGGAAUAUUAUGAUAUUAAGAUGAAUGAAUGGAAGAUGGUGUCACCAAUGCCAUGGAAGGGUGUAACAGUGAAGUGUGCUGCUGUGGGCUCUAUAGUCUAUGUCCUGGCUGGCUUUCAGGGUGUGGGCCGAUUAGGGCACAUCCUUGAAUAUAAUACUGAAACAGACAAGUGGGUAGCCAACUCCAAAGUCCGUGCUUUCCCAGUGACGAGUUGUUUAAUCUGUGUUGUUGAUACUUGUGGAGCAAAUGAAGAGACAUUAGAGACAUGAAGGCCUCAAGGAGAGGUCAGGACAUUUUUCAGAGACUUGGAAAAGAUGGCCAUUGGUGCUUUGCUUCUGUGUUUUAUUGAUUCCUGUUAAACUGAAUAAUCUGAAAAACUGAGAUGCAGUCCUCACAUUUGUA